AUGAGAGGCCGGCUUGCAAGCCUGGUGCACACUGUAGGACGAACAACCUGGAGUGCGCACUUGCAGCGGUUUGGGUUGGCGGAGUCUGCAGACUGCGUUCACCGGUGCGGAGUUGCGGGGCAUUUGUCCUCGGUACGUGCGCUACACGUGCAGUCGUUCAUGAGUGGUCGGCUUGCAAGCCUGGUGCACGCGAUAGGACGAACUCCUAGGAAUGUGCACCGGCAGCGGUUACGAUUUGCGGAGUACGGGCCUAGAAAUGCACGGCUUGAGGACUCUGCUGAGCGCCAGCUACAGGCAAGCGCUGCUCUUCGGCUCCGAGCAUGCGCGAGCGCACCGCUGCACAGCGAACUGUCCAGAGCGCUGCAACAGGACUACCGGACGCAGGUAGCGUCAGGGUGGACUCGGUUUGAGCAGGGAUUGAAAGGGCGCUUCAACGCUUCGCGAGCGCACGAGGCACGCGUUCGCCGCCAGAAUCUGUCGACCAGCCGCAGCACCAGCGAGGCGACACCAACGGGACGAGCGGCAGAAGGUCCGCAGCACAGCACCAACGCCUCGACGAAUGGUGCGAGCGAACUCGAAUUCCGCUUCAAGCUACCAGACGCAGUGUCCAUUCGACGCUUACUGCGCCUAGCACAGCCGCAUAGCCGGCUUCUAGCGGGAGCAGUAGCGACGCAGGUCGCCUCGGCGCUCUCCACCAUGGCGUUUCCACUCGCUGUUGGACGCAUGAUUGAUGCUCUCACUGCAGCAGACGGCCUCGAGCAGCUCCGACAAGUCGCUGUGAUCAUGGCGGUGGUAUUCGUGCUGGGCGCCUUCGCCGUCGGUGCCCGGGUGCUGCUCCUGAACAUCACCGGCGAGCGAGUCGCGCGAGCGCUCCGCAAGGACCUCUUCAGUGCGAUGCUUCGGCAGGAUACUUCGUUUUUCGAUGCGCGUUCUACGGGUGAGCUUGUUAACCGCCUCUCGGCGGAUGCCUCUGCUGUGGCGCGAACCCUAACGGACAAUCUCGCACGCAGCAUUCGCGCCUCUAUUACGACUGUAUCAGCGAUAGGUUUCCUGGUGUAUUUGUCGCCGCAACUCACCACAGUUUCACUGUGCAUGGUCCCGGCCUUUGCCGCAGGCGUUGCUCUUUUCGGCCGAUACGCUCGGCGGUUGAGUCGCCAACUACUAGACGCGCUGGCAGCAGCGAAUCAAGUGGCGGCGGAACGCAUCGCAGCUAUUCGAACUGUUCGAUUGUUUGCAGCAGAGCAAUUGGAACAGGCCCGAUACGACCGUCGUAUCGAUGACACCUAUGAUAUUGCCCGACGGGUAGCCGUCAUUGAAGGAAUCUACAUGGGGGCGGGCUUCCUGACUGCGCAGACAUCGCUGCUUGGGGUCCUCUGGUACGGAGGCACAAUGGUCUACCACGGCUCCCUGACGGUUGGCGCACUCACCUCUUUUGCGAUGUAUGCUGUGAACCUGGGAGUUGGCGUCACAUCGCUGAGCUCGGCUAUUGGGCAGCUUGUGCGAGCCCAGGGCGCGGCAGCGCGCAUCUUUGAAGUCCUCGAUCGUGACUCCUGUGAUGCAGGCUCGACAACCACGAGCGCGAAACCAGACAGCGACACGGGAACGCCCGCUCCAGAGCGUCCUCUGCCGUCCGGGAAAGUCGCUGCUGUUGAGCGUUCGUUGAGCGCGCGUCCAGAGCAUCCCAACGAUCGCAGCGGUAGCGCCGGAUGCCGUACAGGAGGCAUCGUGCUGCCGGUGGGGUACGCCCCACCGGCCAUUGAAUACGACAAGGUGCAUUUUCGGUAUCCGACUCGCCCCGAUACACCCAUACUGCGCGGUUUUCAAUUAGCCAUUGAACCUGGUGAGCUGUGCGCCCUCGUGGGUGGCUCUGGAUCCGGCAAGUCGACAUUGCACAUGCUCCUGGCCCGGUUGUACGACCCGGAUCACGGGACAAUACGCUUUGCUGGCCAUGAUCUGCGCGUUUUGGAUACUGCGUGGCUUCGGCGACAACUUGGAAUAGUGCAGCAGGAGCCGGUGCUUUUCGCUGGUACAAUAGCUGCGAACAUCAGCUACGGACGAGAUGCACAACGUUUUCCCGCGGCGCCCGACGCAGCUGCAGACAGGGUUUCUGCGCUGGAUGCUGACGCCCUGCGUCGCGCUGCUGAGGCGGCUGCUGCCCACGAGUUCAUCUCUGAGCUCCCGGGCGGCUAUCAAACUCGGAUUGGUGAGCGAGGCGCGGGCCUUUCUGGUGGCCAGAUUCAACGUAUUGCGAUCGCAAGGGCGUUAUUUCACGAACCCACUGCUCUGACGCUUGACGAGUGCACCUCGGCGCUUGAUCUGGAGACCGAGCUCCGAGUACUCGAGAACCUCGUGCGCGUGAUUCGAGAGCGUCGACUGACGACGCUGGUGAUAACCCACCGGGUCCCGAUCAUGAAAGUUGCCGACCGCGUGGUGGUGCUCGCAGGCGGCGUCUGCGCUGAGCAGGGCUCGUUCGCGACCCUGAUCCAGAACCCGCACGGCGUCCUGCCGCGAAUGCUGCUCUCGGCUCAGGAGUCGCUUCUGGCUGGACGAACGGGAGCCUCGAAAGCUUCGAUUGCGAGCGCCACUGCCUGA